UUUUUCCUUCUUUUUUUUAUACAAAUAUUAACUUUAACUGAGAAUUACUCAGUUUAAUUUAUCUUAUGAAGAAAUAGGGCUCACGGUGAGUGUGAACGGUCAGUAGGGGAUGCCUACUGCCCUUAAGCACCUGACCUUAAAAACUGAGAAUAGACUUAAGUCAAAAUUGUUAUUACCGGUACCUUGAUAUUUAUUUAGCACAGGUGUUUUUGAAGAAAAAAAACUGGUUUAUAAAGUAUAAAUAAAUGUAAACAUAUAUUGGAAAUUUAUCGUUUAUGACAAUUAAUUCAAAAGCCUAUAGAUUUCUCAGUUGAUGUUCGUGAGGUUAGAUCUCACUUCCGGUGCGUCCAGGAGUCCGUAUUUGCCCUACCCAUGAGACUGAUCGCUAUUCGUUAUUUUCUCUUUUUCAUUCAGAAUAGCAGGUGAAUCUUAAUGGAAUUCUUGGACUUUUAAAGCAAUAGAGCGACUGUCAGUUUUGAUGGGCAACAAAGAGCCCGUAUCGUAUACAGUUCUUUACUCACUUUAUUUAUUUGUGUUUAGAGUAACUAAUAUCUCAUAACAAUGAUAGAGAUUAAGUAACGGCAAGCUCGUAUGAGCACAUGAGUCAUCCUUAUAUUGCCAACUUUUUCACAUCAAGGAUGUUAGUGAGUGACCAUUGCCACAGUCUUCAUGACUAUUAAUACAUGUGAGCUUGCUGCCAUCAUUCGCAGUGUUCAAGUCUAUUUGAGGGUACGAUAUGACCGCAUUUAAGGUUUUUGUACCUCAAAUUCGUUUAUUGCUAAAUAUCUUACUUACAUGUAACAUGUGAUUGGUUAUUGAUGCAACGGCAAAUCAACGUAAACUGCAUGUAGCACUCUGCUAAACGUCAUUCAUCUUCACAUUCAUCUUGACAUGCAUAUGAUAAUAAUGAUCAAAUUGUUAGCAAUACCUAUGAUGGAUUUUACCCAGGGUGAAGCGAAAUUAGAAUUUUCGAUGACAAAUGACAGUGACAACAGACCAUAGGACUAAUAAAUUAAUUUCAAUGUAAGUUUCAAUAAUUGAUUUUUUUGUAUCAAUUGGGUCAACAUUACUUGGAUCUCUCUCUCUCUCAGCUAUCCCCUAGCAUUGUAAUUAUCCUAAUUGUAUAAUGUGCAAUGUCAUUCGCAAGCAAUUGGCAAUCUCUAAGUUUUGUUCCCAAACUACAGUCAUCUUUCAUAUUAUCGCAUUUGGUCAGCGUUAAGCGGCUUGUACCAUCCACAACAACUUAACCUUGUUAACGACCGUAUUCUGGAUUUGGUCAAUUAGCAUGCUCCUGCACUUUGAGUCUUAAACCAAUAUUGCAUGUGUGUAUGUGUGUGUGUGUGUAAUUUUCACCGGGUUAAAAUUGGUCCUUCUCUACCCAUUGCUUGUCGUAAGAGGUGCUUAAAUGGGGCGGUCCUUCGGAUGAGACCGCAAAAACCGAGGCCCUGAACAUGUGUCACAGCAGAUGUGGCACGAUAAAGAUCCCUCCCUGCUCAAAGGCCGUAAGCGCCGAGCAUAGGCCUAAAUUUUACAGCCCUUUAUCGGCAAUGGUGACGUCUCCAUGUGAGUGAAACAUUCUCGAGUGGGACGUUAAACAUUAUGGAAUCAAUCAAUGAAAUCAAUUUUCAAUAAUUUAACUCUGGAUUUUAGAGUUCAAUUUUCAUACAUUUUAUACACGUUUUAAUGUGAUCGCAUUGUAGUGUGUAGCUCUUAUGAAAGGUAAGCGUAGAUGUAGGUUAAUUAAGCCUGCGUAGGGGUAAUUGUACAUGUAUUGUCCAGCAUAAGGAAGGACGCACACAUGUGCACAUUGAUGUAAAGCCUUGGGGGAUAGGUAGGCGUAAAUGUAGUCCAACCAGACGAACUGAGUGGUAAGCGUAGGUGUAGUUCCAGUUUGGUAAGGGGUAAACGUUCAGUCAUGUAGGUACAGGCUUGGCAUAGAUAAAAUAGAGAUUCAAUUCAGAAAAGGGAAAUGUAUACUUGUCGAUCUAGCCUAGGGCUCGAGAUUGAUUAACACAUGUGUAGGUCUGGCUUGGAGAUUGAUUAGCACACAUCUAUGUAGGUCUAGCCAGGAAGUUGAUUCGCACACAUGUAGGUCUAACCUGGUGAUUGAUUAGCACACCUAUAGGUCUAGCCAAGAGAUUAAUUAGCACACCUGUAAGUCUAGCUUGGAGAUUGAUUAGCACACGUGUAGGUCUACCUAGGAUAUUGAUUAGCACACAUGAAGGUCUAACCUGGUGAUUGAUUUGCACACAUGUAGGUUUAGCCUGGUGAUUGAUUAGCACACAUGAAGGCCUAACCUGGUGAUUGAUUAGAACACAUGUAAGUCUAACCUGGAGAUUGAUUAGCAUACAAGCAAGUCUGUUCUGGUGAUUGAUUCGCACGCAUGUAGGUUUAGCCUUGUGAUUGAUCAGCACGCACGUAGGUCCAACUUAGUGACGGGUUAGCGUACAUGUAGGUCCCAUAUAUAUGUGGAGGGGUAUCGUAUAUGUACAUGUAGGUCCAGCUCGACCUUAACGCCUGUCCGUCUGCUAGAGAUCGACAAAUAAUCGGGAGGAUUGGAAAACUAUAAUUGUUAUAUGCGUUAGAAAGCCUACAUCCCAAUAUACCCACCUAUUUUAGGUGAAGAGUCUAAUGUUACUGAUGUUAUAGAGAAUUUAAAGAAAGCAAUGAGUGUGAAUACUGGUUAUGAAAUAAGCUGAUGAAUUUUCAUUAUAUUAUAAAAGUCCUAUCACUCGAGCAGCAUCUGUGAGGUAUCUUUUUCACCUUAAAAUUUCCCGAAAUAUUUUGCGAAAAAUACCACCAGCGUGCUAGAACCCAUGCUUCCAGAUUUUUGCACACAAUCCUGCCAUUGUCACAUACCUUCAUAUUUUCCAAAUACAAAAUCAUUAUAUUUUAAAACAAAACGUCAUUUUGACUGUUAGGCCCCCCUAUAUAAUAGAAAUAUUUCCCAAAUUCCUUCAACUACUGUUCUGUUGACCGCCCGCCGGUCAGCAGUUUCUUGAAGUGUUGUCGACAGAAGAAUGUUGAAUUGAACAAAUUUUAUUGACAAAAAUCAAAAGGAUUACACAAAGUCAAAAAACAGUGUAUGUGAUUGAAAACAACUGCAGUUACCAACAAUUGCAAAAUGUAUUCAAUAAAUUAAAUCACUUGUAAUUGAAAAUAAAUUCACACCACAUUCGUUUGAGAAAAGUCAAUCAUUGCAGCUAAUUAAAAUAUCUUAUUUCAAUUACUCAUUUCUGGUACACGUAGCAAAUCAUAUGUAGUGGCGAAGGGAAAAGACACAUGUACAUAUGGGAAGUAUGAUAGAAAGGAAUGAUUAAAGGGGGGGGGGGUGGGUGGUGUCAAGGCUGUCUUAAUCAGUAUACACAUUGUUCAUGUACAUAUAGAUGAAUUGAUUCUUUGAAAUCAUUGGAGGCCUACCUGUGUGAAUUCGUGUCCCUAUCUGACAGUAUGAGUUUGUGUUAAUUCAUAUUAUCUUCACCGGCGUGUUGCAAAGUAUUUCAAAAUGAAAAUGAACCGCGUAAUUUAUGAAUUGAAUUGAACAUAUUCUAUUGUCAAGAUGAUAAAGACAAAAGGAUUGGGCACAAGUUCUUUAAAACUUAGAACAGCAUCUCCUAAACAACAAAAUACAAAAAUGUUUACAAUGCAUUAAUUUAUCAUUCGAUUUUGAACAUUAUAAUUCUGGGAAUGUACAUUUAUAAGAAUAGCUAAAUUUGUUCUGGGUGAAAUGUAAAUUCCACUAUUCAUACAGCACCCAUUGUAUGUAAUGAAAUAUGCAUCGAGUAGCCCAAUUCCUUUCUAGAACGACUGCUACGAUUCGAUUCAUCUGUGUCAUGAUGUAUGUUUCUAGAAAGAACACAUCACACAUUACUACUACGGUAUUUUUCUACCACGGAGUAGACAAUACACAGGUACACGUAAUGCAUACAUAGUAAGACUGCACUCGGAGAUCUCGUCAACUCCAGAAAUAUACUUUUUGACGAUCAUAUUUAUUCUCACUUGUAAUCACUCUACAUCUGCUCACUAUUUUAUUAUGUGUUUUUGAAGGAAAAAAGGCAAUAAUAAGCUACACUGCACAUACAUGCAUACUGCUUUAAAUAUAGAGGCGUGCGUAAUUUCUGCGGCGAUAACUGUUUCCAGAUGUGUAUAUCAUCUAAACGAAAAUCUUUCUCGUUAAUUCUAUUUAAAUAUUUGCAUAGAAGUUUAUCAAAUUUUGAUUCUUAGUAAACAUAUACUGGAUGAAUGUACGUGUUAUUGUCCCAUUGAUGAAUCUGGUGCUUUAGAAUGCGAUCGAACGAUAUGACAUACAUCUACAUUCUCUGUGGGUAAUUAAGAUAAUUGUAUCUUCAUUAGAAGAGUAGUGUAGAUUUCAUUGAUCACCACGUAAAACUGUGCGUUGGCUACAGCCUGGUAAAUCGUAUUGUCUUGACGAAUAGCAGGAAUCACUAACCAGGAAUUUCUGAUUACAUACUCCCGUCGGCCCCCCAUUCUUACACUCGCUGUAAAUUCUGGCACAUGAUCAGUUUACAUUAACUGGGGUUUACGUCACCCAAGAGCCGAAUUUGGAAAAUCGGAACUCAAAAUCCGAUGACGUAGAGCGCAAAUACACAUACAGAUGAAGAUAACACAUGUUAAAGGAGGAUACGAAAUAAGAAUACUGCGAAAUGAUCUAAACCCUACACGAGUGAAAAAUCCGCCAUCUUGGGAAGUAUAAAUUACGUACGCAUUGCUUUGAGAAAUACAGACGCAUCUUUAACAUACUUACUAAGUAACUGAUACUUUGUUGGCCAAAAUGACAGACGUAGAGGGGAAAAAAGAAACCUUGGAAUCAAAAGAGGAAGUGAUAUGUCCAGUGUGCUCCAAUUUUGAACCUCAAGCAUGGCGGAAGAACAUGUGUAGAAACUGUUUUCAUGGUCUAGAUGAACAUGGGGCCAAUUCCGAAGAAACUGUUGACAGCAAGACGACAAAGGACAAAAAGCUGGAGAAUGACAAAGUUAAUGAUAUGCAGAAAAAGAAAUUUGAGACGGACACAUCCAAAAAGAAAGGUGAGCCUCCAAAAACAUUACCAAAAUCCAAAAAUCCGAAUUUAUCUGUUGAUAUUUCCAAGAAAGAUACAAGUAGUAGUAUUGGUUAUAGUCCAGUUAGUCCGUUAAAGAAACCAGGAUCUUCAUUAAUCAAAUCACCAGAAGUGAAAGAUGUCAAAACUAAUUCCCCUCUAUCGCCAACAAAGGUGACAGCGGAAUUAAAAUCUAAAGGAAACAUUUCCUCCUCUACAUCUCCAAAGAAUGUUUACCAAAAUAAGUUGGAGACCAAACGAACGGAAAGUUCGAAAGAUAAUGAAAAACAGGUAGCCUCUGCGCCCAGCACAUUAUCGAAAUGGAAGCAAAAUGAAAAUAGAUCAGUAUCAAAAGAUAAAGGGCCAUCUGGAGAGGAAAACAAACAAACUUGUAAACAACAGCUAUCGAAGCCUGAUAAUAAAAAUAAAGUAGAAGAAAAAGCAAGUAAAUUUCAAAGCAAAACUGAUAAGGAUAAGAAAGAACAAAAUGUAAAGACACCAGUCGCGUCAUCGUUAACUAAGGAAGACAACACGCCCAAAUCAAAGACAGAUGAUACGAGCAAAGUUCGACAAUUCGCCAAAACAUUCGGAUCUGACUUGGAAGAGAGCCGAUUUAAUAGCUUGGAGCGCCAGAAGAAGGAGAAAUCAGCUACCAAAACGCUUGCUAAUGAUCAAUGUAAAUCGGGAAUAAAAAAUCAGUCGACUUCCGAGCCAACCCAGAAAGGAACCAUCUCAACGGAUGGUAAGGAGAAAGAGUCGUCUGCUCUUUAUGAGAAAAUCAGUAGAUUCACCCAAUCUGGAUUAAAGAAAGUUGAUAAAAAUGAUAAAUCGUCUGGAUCUUUGGAUAGAAGAAGACAGUCCGAGGACAAAAGUGGUGACAAUGAAUCUUCUGCUGAAGCCGGGCGGAGGAUUGAUGCAGACCUCGAAACAGUAAAAAAGCAACUAAGUGUUCUGGAAAUAAAAUGCAAGUCAUUAGAACAAGAAAACGAUAACCUAAAAACUGGACUGAAAGAGAAAGAAGUUGUUGAAAGUAGCUUAAAGACACAAAAAACAGAAGUCGAAAAUGCUAUUAAAAGUUUGCACGACACGUUGCAAUCUAUGGAGAACAGAUGCAACAAACUUGAAGGAGACAAUUCGACAUUACUUGAUAAGGUAAAGAUACAACAAAAAGAGCAACAAGAAGCCAUGACAGAUGCUAAUAAAACUGAAAUCGAAGAUAUGGAGGUCAAAUUAUCGGAAAGUGAAAAUGACAUUGAAGACAUUAGGACUGAAAAUGAAGAUCUUAAACAAGAAAUUAAUGACCUUAAGGUAGAAAUGGAAGAAAUGUAUGACAGUUUUCGAGAUCAGGAAGCCGAAGAGUUCCGAGAACUCCAAAGAGAACUUGAAAUGACCGCAAAAAAUUGUCGCGUUUUACAAUUCAAGCUACGUAAGGCUGAAAGACGAAGUGAACAGGUAGAAAUUGAUCGUCAAUCAUAUGAGGAGAAACUUCAUUUGUUGCAAAAUCAGUUUGAGGACGCAGAUGCUCGUGCACACAUUAGGAGCAUCGAGGAGGAGUUACGAAUGGCAAAAGAGGUUUCAGUCAGACUCCAUGAUGAACUUGACAUUUUGGACGACAAACGACAGAAAGUAGAAGAAGAUAACAGCCAUCUUACUCGGCUCCUGGAACAGUCCGACAAGAAACAGUUCCGUCUAGAAAUGGAGGUCGACAAACUUCGUGACCAGAUGGCGGAUUUACGGAGGCAAGUGGCAGAAAGAUCGCAAGCUGGCACCCCAGCCACCGAAGAAGCUAAUGAUCGCAAGCAACUUCUAGGAAGAAUAGGAAAACAGGGCAGCCAGGAACAAGAUAUAUCCCAGUUGAUGAAAGAUUUGUACGACAGUAUGGAACGAGAGACGGAUCUCAAAGAUCAACUAAAGUUUGCCGAAGAAGAGACAAAAUCCAUGCGAAAGAAACUAGAGGAACUGGAAGAAGAAAACGACACCCUUAGUCAACAAUUGAAAAAAAUGUCAACCGCUCAUGUCACAAGACGGGAAGAGCCCGCGCAAGGUGCAGUUACUGAAACGGAAGUGGAACUUAAGGUUCAACUGGAUUUAAAUGAACAAGAUCUGCUCUUAUCCAAGAAGAAAAUUCAAGAUUAUGGAAAUGAAAAUGAGAAACUGAAAGAAGAAAUAGCAAAUCUGAAGAAAUUGAUUAAAGAAAAAGAUCAAUUGCUUCAUGUAAUGCCCGAACCGUCUUCACCCAAUGCUUAUUAUGAAGACAAACUGAAAGAGAUGAAUCUAGAAACAGAUGACCUGAGAUGGAGGAUUAUAGAAAAAGAACGGGAAAUUAACUGCUUAUAUGUACAAAUAAGCAAUUAUCAAACAAAGCAAUCAAGCAAAUUGAGAAAAACGGAUUCUUUUGAUAGUGAGUAUUCACAGGUUGUGGAUCUCAAAAAGCACGUAGAAUAUUUAACUCAUGAAAACGCUGAUCUCAAAUACAAAUUAAAAGAGUUGGAGGAAAACCGAAGUCAGUGGUUGCAUAAAAGCAAAAGUCCUAUACGAAUUGAAAGUCAGGUUUUUGAGAGCAGCCGCCAAUCGCCUGCAAAGAGCAAUGUUGAAAUGAUUGGAAAAACAUCUUUAAGUGAUGCUAAUGUAAUGUUUGUAAACUCAAAAGAUGGAAAUUAUUUGCCUACUUCUUCGGAUCAAACAAGUAUAAGUAUUAUUACUGACAAGAACUCGCAAGAUUCCACAGUUUCAGGAAUCUCAAAGGAGGAGAUGGCAAAACAAAAUGACAAUACCAAAAGUUUUGACCAAAAAUUGAAUGCUGUUGAAUUGGAAAACCAAAAUCUGCAAUUGAAAGUGUCGGAACUAAUAAAAGAAAACGAAAUUCUACAGCAGAAGAAUGUAAACAGCACACAAGAAAACGCGCCGAAGAAGGAUGCAACGUAUUCAGAAGGAGAGAGUCGCGAAGAAUUGAUGGACACCAUCUUGGACCUGGAAGAAGAGAUUGAGUCUCUAUCAGAAAAACUAAAACAGAGAGGCGAAGAGACUGCCAGUCUUUUAAAGAAAGAAAAAGAAUAUCGGAGACAAAUUGAGAACAUUGAAGACGACUACCGCAAGAAGGAACUCGAUCUUCUCAACGAUUUGGACUUUGCGCAAGACAAAAAUGAGAUUCUCACUAAUCUACUGGAUAUUGUGAAAGAACGAGCAGACACAGCAGAACGUGAAUUGGAGCGUAUAGCAGCCUCAUUUUCGGUAGCUAGCGAUAUUAGUGGACGCAGUGCAAGAGUAAUCAGCACCUGCAGUGACGUCAGCAUCGGAAGUGACGAAGUGUUUGAUGGGACAUCUCCAGGGGUGUCUCCCGGUUUGUCUCCUGUACUACCCGGCAGUCCAGAAUCACCACUAAAGCGACAAGUUAUCCAGAGAGAUUGGGAUAGCCAGUUUCGCAAAAGGAUUGAUUGCUUGGAACGUCUACUGGCGGAGGAGAGACAAAAACUUGCAGCAACAGAAAAGAAAUUAGCAUUAGUUUCGACAGAGACUAUUUCCACCGCCAUGUCAGACGACGCCAAACUUUUCGCACGGGAGAAGGAACUCCUUCAAGCAGAGAUUUUAGAGGGAAAGAAACUUUUGAAGAUAGCAACAGACCAGAUAAAAGGGUUACGAGAAAGAAUGUUCACUCUUGAAGAAGAGAACCGAUGUCUUCGAGCUAACUUUGCCUCUGAACAGGUUGAAAGUGAGGAGUCAGAAAAUGAAAAGACACCAUCCUACCACAUUGACGAAAAACCUAGCUUUGACGUGGCAGUGAAAGAUGCGUCUAAAACCCAAACCACGUCAGAUAUAUCCAAUUACAGAGAGAGGAUUGCAAGUUUGGAAAAGCAAUUGAAUGAAGUAGGAACACACUGGAGAUCAAAAUGCACCACCAUCGAAAAAGAAAAGAAUGAGUCCCAACAGCGACUACGAGAGUUAACUGAAGAUUCUGAGACACUAAGAGGGUCGCUUAGGGGAUUCAAAGAAGAUGUGUGCAACAAACAAAAACAACUGAGGGAGAUUGAAGAAAAAAUUACAGUUAAUUCAGAUAUAUUAAAACGGAAAGAAGAGAUAAUUAACGAACAAGAAGAGAUUAUCAAACAAAGAGAGGAAGACUUACAAUUACUUCUCGAUCAAAUCUCGCACAAGGAAAUUGAAAUUCGAGAUUUGCGCGAGAAAUUGCAUCCAGUAGAUGAAAAAUUAAAGGAUAAGGAUGAUAUAAUAAAAUCAUUAAAGGACAUAAUAGAAUCAAAGCAAGAUGAAAUCAAUUAUCAAACUGAAGAAAUUUCAGAACUUAAUGAGACAAUUGAAUUAAAACAAAACGAAAUUGACGAACUGUCAGGGAAUUCAAAAGUCAAGAAUGUUACUAAAGCGGAAUGGGAGCAGGACAACAAACAACUUAAAGGUGAUUUGGAAACAAUGGCGUCCAAUCUUGGUAAACUUCACACCGAUAAUUGUACAUUACAAGAAGAGUUGGAGAAAACCAAGCAAGCUCUAAGUGAGGCGAUGGUCCUGUGGAACAAGGAUCGAUCACAGAUUGAAAUAGCUUACAAUGUAGCGAAGGAAAAGUUAAGAAUGUAUGAAGAGACCGCAGCAAAGAAAGAAAGUCAGAUUGUCGCUCUUCUACGUAAGGAGACUCAUAAGUUGUUAGAAAGUAAGGAAAAGACUUCGACAGAAUUUAGGGUCUCAAAAAUUGAACAUGAAGCAAAUAUGAGGACUUUGAAGAGCGAAAAACUUAAAUUACAGGACGAGCUUACACAGAAAAUACGUCAGCUCACAGCUGAAAUGACAUCAAAUGAUAAAAUGAAAGAAGAACUUGAAAGAUUAAGAGCACAAGAGGAAGUGGCUUAUCAAAUUCAAUACCAUGAAAAGGUUCUCCGUGCAGAAUAUCUGGCAAUGAAAGUCAGAUACGAAACAAGAUUAGAGAACCUUCAAAAGGAGCACAUGAAACUUCUUGGCGUUUUAGAUAAACUGCAGCGUGAAAAAGUCCUGAAUCAAGAAAUGAUAAAAGGUGUACAAAAAGGAAUGGGGAAUAUGAAGGAAACAUACACCAAAGACCUGGAACAUUGGAAGGAAGAGAGAAAUGUACUUGAAAAACACAUCAAAGAGAUAGAAUCUAGUCGGAGGCUGGCCAUGGAUCUUGAGGGUAAAGUAGAAGAAUUGAAGCAACAACUGGCUGACCAGGAAUAUGAACGGGCCGAAAUUGUUAACAGAAUGACUACAGAACGCUCAAAAUGGGAAGUGGAACGAUCAGGAAUGCAAAGUUGUAUAAAUCAGCUGGAAGAGAAACUGGAUACUAUCGCAUACUCACAAUAUAAAACUAAAGAUAUGCAGAGUCGAAUGGAAGUUGCAUGGGAAUCCGAGAGAGCAGAACAAAAAAGACUACUUAAUGAAGCACACGAAUUGGCGAUGGACCUGCAAAGGCAACUGAAAUGCCGGGACGACGAGCAUUCUCGAGAACGGAAAGCUUUGCUAGAACAGCUGAAAAAACUUAGGAAGGAACUUGAUGAAGAACAGCUGUUGAGGGAAAAGAGACUUACUCAGAUUGAAUCUAGUAAGAAAGAAAUUGAAGAAUUAAAGAAGAAAUUGAAGGACAUGUGUUGUCGCUCUGAGAAAGAUCAAGAUUCAACCAUGAAAGAAAAAGUUGAUUUGGUGCGUCGCCUGGCAGAAUUUCGACGAAUUCACAAAAGAGACCAGCGACGAAUUGAAGAUGUGUUAUCAGAGCUGACACGCCUGCGGGAGCUUGCCUCGAUAGUAGUUGAUUCUGAACAUCCAGACAUGGAGAAGGAUAUUAUUUCCAGAUUAGAGCAGUUGUCUAAACCGUCCUCGGAAUCCAAAAGGCUGUCCAUCCAUGCCAGUACAGAUCUAAAGCAUAAAAUAAAUGAGAUUGUGAUGCAGUAUAUGAAAGAGUCUUUGAAAGAAAUUCACUUUGCGGCGGAUAAUUUGUCAAGGCCAAGUUCUCGUGGUUCCUCUGAAGAUGAAAGGCGAAGGCUUAGGAGGAGUAUUUCCAGUUCAGAAUUGGACUUCCUAUUAAAAGAUGAAGCAGUUGUUGAUCACCAAAUAGAGACCCUGAAAGACUCCAGGCGGAACACACCAACAAAACAUCAUGAUUUAGUCAGUAAUAGAUUGCGAAAGAAUAUAUGUUCCCAUGGACCUGGUGAUCUUAUAGAUGUGAGGACGGAUGAUUCAGAUACAGAGAUGGUCAUUGACCCGGAACCUGGAACUGUGAGUGAUCGCCAUCAAAGGAUUAUGAUAGAUGUACAUCACGAGGAGGGGGUCUCUUCAAAAUUCCCUGUUCCCCCGCCAUCUUUCUUGGUACCAAAAUCGCAAUACAUGGUAUCUGUUACCUCACAUAGCUCAAAAUCACUUGCAACAACGGUAACGACUACUUCUGCGAGGCAAUUGCCAAACAGUUUAUCUUUGAAUGUGUUAAGCGACAGCUCUGAUGGAACAUCCUCCUUUCCAAGUGUUUCACCAACACACACGCAAAAUAAUUUUGACGUUCCCAAUCCGAAAUAUAAGUCUGAUAUCAAUAUUUCGUCCAAUAGUACACGGGUAUCAAAAGAAGAAGCUCGUCGAAAAUUCUUUGAAAAUUUGGAGGACGUCAAUGGAAAAUCUUCAGAUAGUAAAUCAAUGAGUGAGAACAAUUUGUCGAUAGGAAACAACAGAGUUGUAAUACUUGAAGAUUCGAACAAACAUGAAGGUAUGGAAUAUACAGCAGAAGUAAGCAAGAAACAUGGAUGUUCUUCAAGUGACAGCGAACCGAGAUUAAAUAGAAGUGGAAAUGAUGAAUUGCAUUCAAAGUCAGCACAGCCGAAAAAGAAAAGGAAACUAUUUAAAAAAUCUGUUAGCAUGGAUAGCUCUCCAGUGCAUAGCACGCUAGCAGAUGCUGGGGUUUCCGCUAUAUCUCCCGGCGCUCCGUCGUCCUUGUCUCCUUUUGAACUGUUUGCUGCUGUGAAACGCAGAUUGAAGCCGUCAUUAAAACGAUCGUCUUCACUUACAGAAGGCCGCAAGGGACACUGUUACGAUGAAGGAGACAGGUCGAAGCAUGUUAGUCAUAUCGAUGCGUAUGCCAGUUCGUCGUAUUCAUCCAGGGAUCAGAGCUUGCAAGAAUCGCCUAUAUCAACCCCGACGACAUAUGAAAUACAGACACCAGAUUCAGAGUCACUCAUUCCACCACAUACACCUCCAAUAUCGAUGAUGAACAGAAGAAUAUUACCAAAACUUCAAGAGUUACAUGAAGAUGAUGACGAGCGCAAAAGUCGAAGGAAGAAAAAUGAAAAGAAGAAAAAAUUCCGUUCAAAGUCAGCAGAACGAGCCAAAAGUGGACCUGCCUCCUUAUUACAGGAUGUUGUUUUCCAUGAGGAUCUCGCCACGCCCCUUUCUCAUUCCCCUUUCAGUGAAACAUCCGUUUGAAUACAUGUUUUAAAAUUUGUAUUGAAAAUUUUUGUUUGAAUUCUAUUAGUGACGUUCCAUUCCAUCAUCUAUAAAGUAGGUGUAGUGGAUCUGAAAAUGAUCUAAGCGAUAAGACAUGCAUGCUGCGGUAUCUUUUGCUGAUGCACGUUGUUUGUUACAGUAAUCUCAAUUUACAUCCUUCAGAACAUUGAUUUUUAUUAUUUCUACUUGUGUUUGCAGUAAUUACAAAGUGUGUGUGUUAAUUUUGAUAGAAAAUUCAAAGUUUACUUGGAUUUAUGCUAUUGGCAAUAAGUAAAGUUUGAAAUUCUAUCUAUUCCUCUUGAUUGACAUUUUCGAUCCUUACAUUUCGCGUCGCACAAGAGGCCUUGAUAUACUACGGAGACAUCGGUUGUAUACACAAUGUGUGACCGUGAUGUUUGUAAUUGUUAUUUUCAAUUUUGGUACAUUGUUAUGUUUGAAUAUCACUUUUCCCAAUGCAUACCCCAAAUCAACCAACGAGAAUCUAAACAAAAUGCUUGUUCAAAGUUUUCUUUCAACAUCUGAUGAAACAUUUACAAUUAUUGCUAUGUAGCAUGCUGGAAUUUUGUUGUUUUUGUUCUGUAAGUAUUUGAAAUAGAAAGUCAUAUCGUGAUCGUUUAUUAUUGAUGUUUUCAGAAUAGAUAUUUUGAAAUGCUUGUUACUAACGUUUUUCAAUACUUUAAGCAAUGAUUGCUGAUAAUACAGUAUGUAGUGUAUAUAUAUAUAUAUAUAUAUAUAUAUAUAUAUAUAUAUAUAUAAACAGUUUACAUGUUCCUGUUGGUACAUUUAUGAAGCGAAUAAUUGACUACUCUGUAUAAUAUAUAUUCCUGGCAGUGAUAAUUUUAGGGAGAAAAACUUUAACAUUGAAGUAAGUAAACUAGAGAGAUGUAUUUUGAUAUUUGUCACAGGAAUAGUUUUUACUUACCGGUAUUUAGAACACGGUGAAAAUGUAUAAUAUGUACGACUGUAUUUAAUUAAAAUGAAACUUUGAUAUG